GUCAGUCGGUACGCGGCGGCUGAAGGACGAGGGAGUGUUUCGGUAGCUUCCCUGGGCGGCCUGACACGCUGGAGAAGAACCUCGCCUUGACGUCGAACUGAAUCACGUGUUAGAACUUUGGGGUGAACUUUUUGAGAGUUCACGUAGAGACAGAGAUCUUUUGUUGUGUUGUUCGUAUAUCUUAUUCAACUCUAACUUCGAUAUUUGUUGUUGUUUUGAAGCGAAGGUUGAAUAAUUAGUCUUGGUAGUUCUUUGUCGUAUUGAAUCAACUUCGUCUUCGCGUCUUAUUCUUCAUCGUCCUCAACUCUGCCGUCACUUCGUUCUUGUGUGAGAAGGCAUCCUAUCCCAUAACACAAGAUGCGGGCGUGGUGGUGGGCGUGGGCGGCGGCGUGCGUGCUGGCGGGGGCGGCGUCGGGGCCCCAGCUGGCGGGUGCUGAGGUGUACACUUCCAUCCAGGACCUGACAGCGGUGUUCUCGCUGGAGCGGCGGGUCGUGGAGGCGCUCGCCACCUACCUGGACGACAUGGAGGCCAAGCUCUUCAGGAUACGCAAAUACCUGCGGGAGUACGAGCAGGUGUCCGCCGAGGGAGCCGAGACGGACGAGGUGACGCUGGAGAGGCUGGCAGGCAACCCCGUGCACGCCUUCCACCUCAUGAAGCGCCUCACCGUGGACUGGCGCCAUCUCGAGGACCAGGGCAAGCCGGACCUCUGGAUGGACGUCCUGAACACCAUGCGAGGGGAGGACAGCAUGGGGGUGAGGCUGCCACGGGAGGAGGACUUGCACGGGGCGGCCCAGGCGUUGGUGAGACUCCACGACGUAUACAACCUCAACACGACCCAGCUGGCGAGGGGGAACGUGUGGGGCGUGCAGAGUGCCGCGGAGCUCACGGCGCAGGACUGCCUCUACAUGGGCAAGCACUCCUUCAACCUCGGCCUCUACCAGCGCGCCGUGCAGUGGUUCGAGGAGGCCUACGCGCUGGCGGGGCUCGAGGGGAACGCCACCGUCACGCAGGACCAGGUCAACGUCUUCCUCGACACGGCCAUCAAAGCGCUGGACGACAACGCGGCCAACCACAAUGAGGCGGGGCGGCAGCAGCAGGACUUCAGUACCACCUUGCUGAAGGAGGAGGCCCCUGCGCCCAAGCACCGCCUGGCGCCCGUCCUUUCCCCCCGAGAAGACGCCGCCAACUUCCAGGCCCUGUGCCGCGGCGAGCAGCUCCUGAGUGAUGCCUACAUGGCCACCCUCAAGUGCUUCUACGACUCGCGCGGGGACGCCUACCUGCGCCUCAUGCCGGCCCGCGUCGAGCGCCACCACUGGGACCCCGAGCUGCUCACCUUCCACGACGUGAUCUCCGACGACGAGAUCCAACGACUGCAGCAGCUGGCGGCCCCCAUGCUAGCGCGGGCCAUGGUGCAGGGGCCUGAGGGGCGCGGCAACACCGUCAGCAACACCCGCACCUCCAAGGUCGGCUGGCUGGACGACGCGCAGGACCCGCUGGUGGCCCGCCUGGGCGCCCGCGUGGCCCGCCUCACGGGGCUCUCCACCGACGUGGAAGGCGACGACGCCGAGAUGCUGCAGGUCGCCAACUACGGCAUCGGCGGCCACUACAACCCCCACCACGACUACCUGCUGGUGGACAAGACCGCGCACGAGCUGGAGAACAUCCACCCUCGAGAGCUGGUGCUGGGCGACCGUAUCGCAACCUUCAUGUUCUACCUGAGCGACGUGACGCGGGGCGGCGCCACGGCCUUCCCCCGCCUGGGCACGGCCGUGUGGCCCGCCAAGGGCUCGGCGGCCUUCUGGUACAACCUUAAGCGGUCUGGCCGCGGCUCGCUGGCCACGCUGCACGGCGCCUGCCCGGUGGUGCACGGCUCGAAGUGGGUGAGCAACAAGUGGAUACGCGAGCGAGGACAGCUCCUGCGGAAGCCGUGUAGCCUCAGCCCCGAGGAGUAACCAGUCACCCCCCUGCCGCCCCGCCCCGCCCCGCAGCCACCAGGCGAGGAACCUCAGGGCACCUGUGGCCCAACGUGCUCAACCUGUAGAUGCUGAGGAACACCUGUCAUUUUAACUUGUUGGUGGCUACGUGUAUCGUGUUUCUCUCUCAAGGAAAUUACGCGUUAUUAAUUCAGGUCGGUCAGAUGAUCAAUAAGUAUAAAAUAAUCAUAUACAUCUAUGCCUUGACGUGAGCAAUGAGUGUUUGUAUAAAAAUCUAGGCAAUCAUUAUUCAGGCAGUCAAUAUGCUCAAAAGUGGUUAGACUUAAGUAAAUGAAGUAGUAACAAAUGACUUAGAAUAUAUAAAUUUGCCCACAAAGUUUUUUAUAUCUCAUGCAAAAUCUUAAAAAAAAAAACAGUUUGGGAUUGCUAUGUAACAGUAUUAUAUUUAUGAUGCAUAGGUGAGGCAGUGUUGGUGUCCCAUAGGCUACGCGUCCGUCCAUUUGACCAAGCUUUCUGUAGGCUGUGUUGUGUCUUAACGUGACCAGGUGUACGGAGAGGAAGGUGCUGUGAUGAAGGCAGUCACCUGUACGUAUGCCCCAACGUUGCCAGAUUGACGUACUCAGCCCCCUUUGUUUUCCGAUUUCCGACCCAAAAACCGCCUCUUCGACCCCAAUAACUUCCUUCAUAUAUAAUUAUCGUUGAAAUGGUUCAUUAUUGGUGUUUUUUGGCAAUUCGACAACCCUGCCUCUCACAUCAACAAUUUCCAAAGACCAAAACGGAGAUCAGUCGGGUUCUAAUGAGUGUUUUUGUAGGUUCAUGGUACAGAAGAAGGAUCAGACUACCACCAGGGUUAUUAAACUACCCCUGGAAAGGCCCACAACUCCUAUGAAAGCCUUGUCAAAUAUGUAUGCUUGGGCGAGGAAGUGUUUAACAAUCCGGCCAUGAGUACGAUAAUCUGACAACGGUGGUAUGGCCUCACACCUUGAUGCCGUCCAGAGCACACAGGUAUAUAAGGAGACUACAGGAUAUAGAGUUCCUUGAUGCAUAGGACAGUGAACCCUACACUUGAGAUGUCACUGCAUAGGAUGAUAAUUAUGUCGUCCGUCUACACAUUCUAUUUUUGUACCUCGUCUCCGUCCGUAGAGUAUCAUACUGUUUAUGAUCUUCUUAACCCUGAAGUGACUCGGCGCUGCCCUUCGUUAAGAGGCGCCCAAUAUGGAAGACACAUCACAAACUUACGUAUUUUUUGUUCAUACUUGUAAAUUAUGCUUUCUUAUCCCUGGAACAUUUCUGAUUAUGGACACUGGAUACAUAACGUGUCUCUAAUGAUGUAUAUUAUUUACCUUUUCUGGGAUAUAUAAUGUUUAGUUUAUAUAUUGGUGUAGUGUUAAUAUCUCCCCUCUUUAUCUAUUCUCUGCACCCUUCUUUAUGUAUAUAUUGUAUAGGUAUCUAUGUAUUAUUUUAUGUCAGCACUGUGGACGUUUAUGUAUGGCUAAGUAUUCCUAAGGUGUGUGGAGUUUUUAAUUAAUAUUCUCAACUGUCUGGUGAAGUUCCUUUUACACAUAUAUAUAGUAGGGACGCGAAUCGGUUAUUUUUUAAUGACUUAUAAUCAAACCAGAUACACUGUAGAAGGUCUAUUGAGCUUGUACUAUUACACACACACACACACACACACACACACACACACACACACAUAUAAAUGACACGAGUUUCCCCUUCCUC